CCCACAAAUAUAUAAAAACACAGCCCAGAGCUGAGUUUUACUUACUGCUCAUUGCCCUUUCUUUUCUUUCACAAGUUUGAGAGAUGGCUAGAGCUCUGUCUUUAGUCCUCUCUUUAUUAUUUACCCUGUAACUCAACCUAGAAAAUGGCGCUUGAAGAACAACAAGAUGCUGCUCUUUACUGUUGCGAAGAGAAUUGGGAAGAUGAUGAUGAUGAACAAGAGGAAGAUGAAAUGAACAAUAAAAAACUGGACUUUUUUAUGACUCAUGGUUUGGUACUGAACCAAGACUUGUUCUGGGAAGAUGAUGAACUUUCUUCUUUGCUUGCGAAACAAGAACAGAGUAAAUUGUAUAAAAAACUUGAAACCAGCUCAUCCCUUGCAAAGGCUCGUCGUGAAGCUAUAGAAUGGAUGUUUAAGGUGAAUGCAUACUACUCUUUCACUGCUUUAACUGCAGUUUUGGCUGUCAACUACCUCGAUAGGUUCCUCUUCAGCUUUCACGUUCAGACAGAGAAGCCAUGGAUGACCCAACUCGCUGCUGUGGCUUGUCUCUCUAUUGCUGCCAAGGUAGAGGAGACUCACGUGCCUCUUUUACUGGACCUUCAGGUGGAGGAGAGCAGGUACGUGUUCGAGGCCAAAACCAUUCAAAAAAUGGAGAUUCUUGUGCUUUCAACUCUUCAAUGGAGAAUGAACCCGGUAACCCCAUUGUCGUUUCUUGAUUAUAUCACAACAAGGCUGGGUUUAAAGAGCUAUCUCUCCAGGGAAUUCCUCAGGAGAUUUGAACUCAUCGUCUUGUCCAUCAUUUCAGAUUCUAGGUCUGUGGCUUAUCUCCCUUCUGUCAUUGCUUCUGCUACAAUGCUUCAUCUCGUUAAUGGUGUUGGACCCUGUGUUGAUGCUGAAUACCAAAGCCAUUUAUUGGGUAUUCUUGAAACCGACAAGGAAAAGGUUAAUGAAUGCAGUAUGCUUGUACUGGAAUUGGCAUCAAGGGAACACGACAGACGGUCAAACAAACGGAAAUAUGCGUCUGAUCCGGGCAGUCCAAACGGAGUAAUGGAUGUGUCGUUUAGCUCAGACAGCUCGAACGAUUCAUGGGCAGUAUCAGCACCAUCAUCGGUAUCUUCUUCACCAGAGCAUCCUCUGAUGAAGAAGAAGAAGAACAGAGCAAUGCAGAGCUUAAACGAAGCAACUGCAGAUUUUCGGAGCAUAAUUCCUCGCUAAUUCCCUUUUCUUUUUGGUUUCUUUCAAGAACUAGUUCUCUAAGAUUAAAAUAAUUUUAAUGUUCUUUUUAUUUUAUUAUGGGAAAGUUAAAUUGCCUACAAUCUCUGCUUUGUCUCCACUCCCAAUACUUUUCAUUUCCCAGAAUUUAAAUAAAUGGGAUUUCGGAAGCAGCAGAGAUGGUUGGCAUUUUAUCCGGAAGUUCAAUUUAAAUUGAAGAAAAAAAAACAAGAAUCAAUUGCAGCAAUCUAUAAAUAUUUUUUGUACUGUACUGUACAUUAAGAAAUCUGAAAUGGCCUUAUUUUUAUAAUAGUUUCAA